GCUGCUCACAAACCAGACGGUCUUUUUCAUCUCACAGUUCAAAAACUUACAAAACUCCUGCUACGACGCAAACAGACCCAGCGGAGACACUGUUGGUCCUUCUUGAUGGACACUAAUCAAGUUUUACUUGUUUAGGAUAUAGGCUACUAAGGGGGAGGUCGUCCGAGCCUCCUGUGACCUCUUCGCCAGCAUGAGCUGGGGGGCGCUCUACGCGCAGCUGGGGGGCGUCAACAAACACUCCACCAGUCUUGGGAAGAUCUGGCUGUCCGUCCUCUUCAUCUUCCGCAUCACCAUCCUGGUCCUGGCAGCGGAGAGCGUCUGGGGGGACGAGCAGUCGGACUUCACGUGCAACACGCAGCAGCCUGGCUGCAAAAAUGUCUGCUACGACCACUUCUUCCCCGUUUCUCACAUCCGCCUGUGGUGCCUGCAGCUCAUCUUCGUCUCCACGCCAGCUCUGCUGGUCGCCAUGCACGUGGCCUACAGAAAACGUGGGGAUAAGAGGACGAUACUGGCCUCCAAUGGCACCGAAAGGAUGGCAGACACCGACCUGGAGACGCUGAAGAGGAGGCGUCUGCCCAUCACGGGUCCGCUGUGGUGGACCUACACCUGCAGCCUGUUCUUCCGGCUCAUCUUCGAGGGCGGCUUCAUGUACGCGCUCUACUUCGUCUACGACGGCUUCCAGAUGCCCCGGCUGGUCAAGUGCGAGCAGUGGCCUUGCCCCAACAAGGUGGACUGCUUCAUCUCCAGGCCCACGGAGAAGACGGUCUUCACUAUUUUCAUGGUGGCGUCGUCGGCCACCUGCAUGGUGCUGAACGUGGCUGAGCUGUGUUACCUCAUCGCCAAGGCCGUCAUCAGGUGCACAAACAGGUCAAACCAGAGGAAACGCCCCUUCAACGAGAGUGGGGCCCGGGAAAACAAGAAGAACGAGAUGCUCCUCUCGCCCUCCACAGAUUCAUCCAUCAACAAGACCAUGUGCUAAAGACCCAAACAGAGGAGGGGGGGGGGCAAACUGUAAAUCCAGUCACACAGUUUGUGUCCACAGUUUGAUGCUGAGGCGUUCAGUUUGAGAGUCAUCUCAAGAGAUGUUGGCACAGAGUCUGAGUUAGUGAGAACUUACACAAAGAUAAUUAGUCUGGAGACAUAGUUUGAAUUAGUGCACGUGUGCCCUGAGGGGUGUCGACUAGGACUGGUUCCUCCGUCUAACAGCCUUAAUUACCACUUAGAGCAGUCCUGUGUUGUUCACCUUCAUAUAUUCUCUGUAUGGUUGGUUUCCAAUAAGCAAUAUUACUUUAGCCUAGCACUAAGUGAUUUCUGUCCAGUUUGAUCGCUGACUUUAAACCAAUCAGAGCUGCUGAAUCAAAAAUAAAUCAGCCACAAUCCAAUUAAAGUUGGUUCUCCUAAAAGUGGAACCUCAGUGAAAUAUUCUGCUGGUUAGACGGAGGUGUGUUGUGAUGAUGAUCCCUUGAUUAUGGUUCUUGUGCCAAACACUUAGUGAUUCCAGAAACCGGAGCAGAACCAGUUCAAGUACCAGAGCUGAAUUUGUGCAAAAGGGUUGAUACAUUUUUAGGAUUUUAUCAGAACAAAAAAAACUGCAAAAUUUUAGAAAAGGGGCACCUCACUUUAGAACUAGAUAGUUUAAUUUGGUGAGAGGCACAUGUACCACGUGAGACUGAACCCCGAGUUAGAUCCAGAGAAGAAUGGUCCAACCCUGACAUCUAGUGGGGACAUCAACCCCGGAACGUGGAGGAAGUUGCUUCCUCUCAGUCUCGAAGAUUUAUUUACUUGAAGGGAACAAAUGAAGACAUGAAAAGUGAAGUUGGGAAAUAACGUGCGCAGUAUUUAGUCCACAAAAGGUUGGCAUUUGUUUAUAUACACAUUAAAUUUAUAUUUUGUUGUAAUAAAUCAAAGCAGAUGAGUUUUGUGUUUUUUCCUAGUUUUUCAUUUUGUGUGUUGAGACUUAAUUUAAAACUAACUGACUAACUAAUAGUGUUAUCCACUGCACCACGGUGGUCCAACUAAUCAAAUGCCUUAUGCAGUCAGAUCAAGUCCAAAAGACUUGCUUCAUAAUACAAAACACUAAGAAUCUUUUUCACAUUUCUGCACAUGCAAAUAUUUACUGUAGCUACAAGAUGUUUUUAAUCGUCUAGAAACGUAUAAAGAGCAGAUCACACUCCAAAUGUUUGAAGUAUUUUCCGUGAAAACAGUUUAGCAGAGUAGUUAUCGAACAGUUACGUUCAUUGUCAAAUGCUGACGUGUCGAAUGUUUGCUUAAGUUUGUCCAGCUUGAUUGAAGUUAUGUAGACAGAUGAGUUGGGAAAUACUUUGUGACUUUUUCUUUUUCUUUUUUUUUAUGAUUGCUUUGCUGAACAAAGAUGAGAUGAGAGUUUAUUCAAAGUAAAAAAAAAAACUAAACAUCACAAAGUGUUUCCUGAGGAAAUCUUGAAUUCCAGUGAGCUUUGCCGCACAGACUGAUUCUCCUUCAGUCAUCCUGGGACCAUCAUUGGGGUGCAGAUCUGCAGCGACGGCGUUGCCGUUGUUCUGGUGGCGUGCACUGACCCCAGCUGGCUGUAUCAGCUUUCAGCAAGUGCCUUAUUUUAGCCGCCGCACUAAUCACUGCUCGGCCCUUUAAUGUGGCCGGUCCCAACGUGACAACUCUUUGUCCUCCGUCCAGCCAGGAAUAGCAGAUAUGGAUUAGUUACAUUUACGUACGUUAAAAAUAAAGAAACAGUGUGUGAACACGGACUUGUAAUGACUGGAAAACAACCGCUAAGUGGUUUAUGAGGCAUCAAUCAAAUGUUUACAUUCCAGCUUAUAAAAAGAGGAGCUAAAGAGUCUCAGCCUAUGUUUUAGUUGCCUAACUGCUGUAAGCUCCCAGCAUGAGAGGAAAGUUUUGACCAAAGAUGCUAAAAAAAUGUUACAAGUGUCACAGGUCGUUGGACUCCGCAGGUCUCGGUAGGAUUUAGAGAGCAAAGGUUUUGUACAGUCGCUCUACAGUGACCUUUAACCUCGUGGCAGCCUCCUGUCAUGGAUGCUGAUGACUCCAGCCUCAACAUGUUUAGUUUUCCUGAUUUCUUCACCAAUCUAACAGUCUGCUUUUAACAGUAAACUGCAUUUUGAUGACCAAAACUCUCUCUAAGCAACAAAUGGAGUGUUUUUCAUGUUUUGUACUAAAGUUUUUAUUUCACUUGCUCUUUGAUCCUGCAGCUGAUCUCUUUAAGGUUUGUUUUCGCAAAUCAGUACAAAUAAAA